AACCAAUACCAAAUCCUACUAGCAUGAAGGGAACACAAGUUCUAGAGCAUUCCAAUGUACGACAACAAUACCCAUCCACGGUUGAAAUCGAACGGUCCAGAUGAAACAGAAGCUUCAAGAUCAAUGAUCAAACCUCACAGCUCCUUCAGCAUUGUAAUAAUAAAAACCUAAUCCCUCUCUCACACACUUCCCUCGACGACUCCACCUUCGUUCGUUAUCCAUAACAAUACUCCUCAACCCUCCUUAAACCCUAGCCACCAUUCAAACCAAUUCGAUUGAAUUAGCGAAUCCAUGGCGUCCACCUUCUCAGCAAUGUCCUCCGUUGGCGCUUACAAGCUCUCCUCCUCCGCUUCCAUUUCCUCCUUUCCUUUCGCCGGUGGCCGCCGCCGGAGCAACAGUGUCGUUCUCUCCAGGCGGAGCCGCAACGCUAAGGUCUCCGCUAUGGCUAAGGAGUUGCAUUUCAACAAGGAUGGCACCGCUAUUAAGAAGCUUCAGAGUGGUGUGAACAAGCUUGCGGAUCUGGUUGGGGUUACUCUUGGUCCUAAAGGAAGGAAUGUCGUUCUCGAGAGCAAGUAUGGUUCACCCAAAAUUGUUAACGAUGGUGUUACUGUCGCUAAAGAGGUUGAGUUGGAGGAUCCUGUUGAGAAUAUUGGUGCAAAGUUGGUGAGACAAGCUGCGGCGAAGACGAACGACUUGGCUGGCGAUGGAACCACGACCUCGGUUGUUCUAGCCCAGGGUCUUAUUGCAGAAGGUGUUAAGGUUGUUGCAGCUGGUGCCAACCCUGUGCUCAUCACUCGUGGCAUUGAGAAGACAGCGAAAGCUCUUGUAUCUGAGCUAAAACAGAUGUCAAAAGAGGUUGAAGAUAGUGAGUUGGCAGAUGUGGCAGCAGUCAGUGCAGGGAACAAUUAUGAAGUAGGAAAUAUGAUAGCUGAAGCAUUGAGCAAGGUUGGUAGAAAGGGUGUUGUGACACUUGAGGAGGGAAAGAGUGCUGAUAACAGCCUAUAUGUUGUUGAGGGGAUGCAAUUUGAUCGUGGUUAUAUCUCUCCUUACUUUGUUACUGACAGUGAGAAAAUGGCUGUUGAAUAUGAGAACUGUAAGUUGCUGUUAGUUGAUAAAAAAAUAACAAAUGCUCGGGAUCUUAUUAAUAUACUGGAGGAUGCCAUUAGAAGUGGAUACCCUAUUUUGAUUAUUGCGGAGGAUAUUGAACAAGAAGCUCUAGCAACUCUCGUGGUGAACAAACUUAGAGGAUCACUGAAGAUUGCAGCACUUAAGGCCCCUGGAUUUGGAGAACGCAAGAGCCAGUACCUUGAUGAUAUUGCCAUCUUGACAGGAGGUACUGUAAUCAGAGAAGAGGUUGGCCUUACUUUGGACAAAGCUGGGAAAGAGGUUCUGGGACAUGCUUCCAAGGUGGUGCUCACCAAGGAUACAACCACAAUUGUUGGUGAUGGAAGUACCCAGGAAGCAGUGAACAAGAGAGUUUCACAAAUUAGGAACCAAAUUGAGGCUGCAGAACAAGACUAUGAAAAGGAAAAGCUGAACGAGAGAAUUGCAAAAUUGUCUGGUGGUGUGGCUGUGAUACAGGUUGGAGCACAAACUGAGACAGAGCUCAAAGAGAAGAAAUUGAGAGUUGAAGAUGCUCUCAAUGCUACUAAGGCAGCUGUUGAGGAAGGUAUUGUAGUUGGUGGUGGGUGCACUUUGCUUAGGCUUGCAUCAAAGGUGGAUGCAAUCAAAGAUAGCCUUGAUAAUGAUGAAGAAAAAGUUGGAGCUGAUAUUGUGAAAAGAGCUCUUAGCUACCCUCUAAAAUUAAUUGCCAAGAAUGCCGGUGUAAAUGGCAGUGUUGUCAGUGAGAAGGUUUUGUCUAGUGACAAUCCAAGAUAUGGAUAUAAUGCUGCCACUGGAAAAUAUGAAGAUUUAAUGUCUGCUGGGAUCAUUGAUCCGACAAAGGUGGUCAGAUGUUGCCUGGAACAUGCAGCCUCUGUGGCCAAAACCUUCUUAAUGUCAGACUGUGUGGUUGUUGAGAUAAAGGAACCCGAGUCUGUUCCUGCUGGCAACCCCAUGGACAAUUCAGGAUAUGGUCUCUAGAGCAACGGCUGCUUCCGUGAGAACAAUAUUUUUUCCCCCUCCGAUGAAGUACAAAAUUGGUAGCUAUUUUAUUUGUAGCAACAAAUCCAAAAUGUACUACGGAUACCUGUAGUGUGGUGAACUAGAUAGUGAUGCCCCCUUUAUCUUUUUAAAGUUAAUAAUCUACAAAAUUUUG